CUUACAGCUCGCAUAAAAGUAGUGGCAGUUUCUGAACCUCAGCCGGCUCUCGCUCAGUGUCUGGCUCCCAAGUCCAUGUGCCGAGGGCUGCCAGGAAAGAGACGCUUUCCUGAGCCCUGGAUCUCUCUUCCCUCUGGACAUAUCCUGCAGCGGGUAUUUAUUUAUUGUUGAACAAACAACACGCCAUGGACCUCGUUGCCUUGCUGAAGUCCCAGUUCCUGUGCCACCUGAUCUUCUUCUACGUCUUCAUCACCUCCGGGCUGAUUGUGAACAUCAUCCAGCUCUUCACGCUGGUGCUCUGGCCCAUCAACAAGCAGCUGUUCCGGAGGAUCAACUGCAGACUGUGUUACUGCGUCUCCAGCCAGCUCCAAGGUCCUAGCCAAGAAGGAGCUGGCCUAUGUCCCAAUAAUUGGCUGGAUGUGGUACUUCACUGAAAUGAUCUUCUGCACACGCAAGUGGGAACAAGAUCGUCAGACAGUUGCCAAGAGCCUGAUGCACCUCCGGGAUUACCCCGAGAAGUACUUUUUCCUGAUCCACUGUGAGGGCACACGGUUCACAGAGAAGAAGCACCAGAUCAGCAUGCAGGUGGCCCAAGCCAAGGGGCUGCCCAGUCUCAAGCACCAUCUGCUGCCACGCACCAAAGGCUUCGCCAUCACUGUGAGGUGCUUGAGAGGUGUAGUUCCAGCUGUAUAUGACUGUACACUCAAUUUCAGAAAUAAUGAAAACCCAACAUUGCUGGGAGUCCUAAAUGGAAAGAAAUAUCACGCCGAUUGCUAUGUUAGGCGGAUUCCCAUGGAAGACAUCCCAGACGAUGACGACCAGUGCUCGGCCUGGCUCCACAAGCUCUACCAGGAAAAGGAUGCCUUUCAAGAAGAAUACUAUAGGACAGGAAACUUCCCAGAGACCCCCAUGGUGCCGUCCCGGAGGCCCUGGGCACUGGUCAACUGGCUGUUCUGGGCCUCCCUGCUGCUCUACCCCUUCUUCCGGUUCCUGGUCAACAUGGUCAGCAGUGGCUCCUCCGUGACUCUGGCCAGCUUCAUCAUUGUCUUCUUUAUGGCCUCUAUGGGAGUUCGAUGGAUGAUUGGCGUGACAGAAAUUGACAAGGGCUCUGCCUAUGGCAACAGUGACAACAGACACAAGCAGAGUGACUGAUGUGGGCAUAUGCUGCCUCCAAAGGGAACCUUGGGGAACUGGUGGCUUCUGCACAGCCUUCUUAGCAGGACACAGUGAUGGAGGCUGGGGAUGUGGAGGUCACAGCCUCUCCGGCCAUAGGAAUUUUUGGUCUCAGAAUCAAGAUGGGGAGGAAGAUGCUUUGAAAUCUUCUCCCCCCAUGUGAUUUAGUGGGUGUUGUUUUUCUUUUCAGUUGCACACGUGUGGGGGGUGUGUGUGCGGUGGCUGUGUGUACCUGGCCCUGUGACAGUGCAAAGGGUAUGUGGCUGCAGGAGAGGGCAGGGCUGGGGAACAGGAGGGGCAUGUUCCCUGUCACCCUUUGGUGCUGAGUCUCCUGUAACCCUUGACUGUCAGAGUGAAAAGUGCUUUAAGUAAGAUGACUAAAUUAUGUCUCCAAAAACAAAUUAAAGUAUUUGUCUGGUC